AUGUUUGUGGGGAGUGUGAGGAAAGUUUCAGUGAGAAGUCCCAUCUCAUCAGACAACAGAAGGCACAGGAGAAGCCCUAUGUUUGUUGGGUGUUUGGGUGAAGCUUCAGUGUGUGGUCCAAUGUCGUCAGACUCCAGAAGACACAUACAAGGGAGAAGCCCCAUGUCUGUGGGGAGUGUGGGUGAAGUUUCAGUCAGAAGUCCUAUCUCAGCAGACAACAGAAGACAAGGGAAAAGCCCUAUGUUUGUGGAGAGUGUGGGCAAACUUCUAUCAGAAAUCCCUUUAAGCAGAGAAGAGAAGACACACACAGGGGAGAAGUCCUACAUUUGUGGGGAGUGUAGGCAAAGUUUCAUUCAGAAGUCCCAUCUAAUCAGGCAAGAGAAAACACACACGGGGGAGAAGCCCUAUGUUUGUGGAGAGUGUGGGCAAAGUUUUAGUUAG